AACCGGCGAUAUGACAGUUGAGAGUAUUCGUUGACAAAUGGUUGGUUAUGUUCACGAAUAGGGCAGCUGUCACGUAUAACAAUAUUAUAUAGUUUUAAUAUUCACAAAUGCAACGAUAAAUCUUGAUAGUGCAAUACUUUUGUUGCAACUCGAGGUAAAAAUAUUUAUAUACGUGGAAAAUUAAAUAUAUAUAUUUUCUGUUGAAACUGACAAUCGUUUUGGAUUGAACGAGAAAUAACAUCUGAAUUGUUAUAAAAAUUAUUUCCGAUUGUACAAAGCAGUCUUUAGUGUUUGCCUGAAAUGGAGGAUGCACAAGAAGAGUUACAAUUUGUGGUAGAUGAUGUAAGCAAUAUUAUUAAAGAAGCAAUUGAGGUAUCAAUAGGAGGCAAUGCAUAUCAGCAUAACAAAGUUAAUCAAUGGACCUCAAAUGUUGUAGAGGCAUGUUUAGGCAAUCUUACAAAAUUACAGAAGGCUUACAAAUAUAUUGUAACUUGUACAAUUAUGCAAAAAAAUGGAGCUGGUCUUCAUACCGCAAGCUCAUGUUACUGGGAUAAUGCUACAGAUGGAAGUUGCACAGUACGUUGGGAAAAUAAAACUAUGUAUUGCAUUGUGUCUGUUUUUGGGCUGGCUCUUUAGAUUUAUUUAUCCACACAAAAUGUAAUUCUAUGCUUGAAAAUAAUUUAAUAAUUUCGUAGAUAUGAGAUGUAACAAUACUACUUUCAAAAAUAAAAUGUUAUAGUUCUAAUCAACUUAAUAUUUUUGCACAAAUUUGCAGAAAUUGAAGCUAAAAGUAGAACACAAAUAAUUGUGCUAUUUAAAUAUAGUUAAAGCAAUGAUUAAUAUG